GUUUCUUGCAUUUACUGGUUGAAAUAAAGUUGGCUUUGGCCAUUACACAUUUCACUAAACUCUGUUUUUAUGAGGGUAGAAUACUUUUAUUCAUGAAAACAUAGUAUUAACGUAACAUGUUUUUCUCUUUCUCAUAUGAUAAGCUAUAAAGGUGAACCAACAAUAAGAAAAAUAGCAUGUGUACAUAUAAAUAAACAUUCUUAAUGAGUAUUGCACAGACAAAAACACAUUUCUACUAAAAUGGUAAAUGAGUUAUUCCACAGGUGGUCUAAAUCCCACGUACAGUGUUUUAUCCAUGAAACUCUGCCCUAAUCUACACACCACGCAUGAAGAAAUGACAACUCAGAUUCUUCACUCCAGUAAUCCUCAGCACCAGCUCACUAGCCUCUAUAAACUAGAUACCUGUAACAACUUCAGAUACAGAGACAUAUUACUGUCAGGUUUAUCAAGAAUGAUCAAAAGAAACAUUUCUAUUAGUUAUAUAGUAGUACUUGGCUCCUAAAAUCGACACAAAUUGACUCAUCAUAUUGGAUAUAUCAAUCAUUACUAAAAGCAGUAAAAACACAUUUGGUCAACAUAGAAUUUUAACUAAUGCUGUGUUUGUUCCCAGGUAUGUCAUGCAGUGAUUAUUCUGAAUAUUAAAGCAAUUUUUAAUUUUAGAGCAGCAGCGCAAGCAAGACAAAAAGCGUGAAAUGUAUUUCAGCUGUGCUCCCAAAUGUUUUUAUUUGUAUAAUGUAGGCUAAAGCAGUGUUUUCUAUUAACAAGAGUUUUCCAGGUAAGUCCCGUUAUAAAUAUUUAGGCUGCAUAGCAUAGGCCAUUUAGCAUAAGUGUUAGCAUUAGCAACCGCUAGUCGCUUUGAAAAUUAUGUAAAUCUAAUGAUGUGACAUUACCAUUGAGACACAUCCACCCAGUCGAAGUGUAAUGGCUUUAACAUCCUCCUCUCUUCCAGCUUCAGGGUCAGGUUUAGGAUCAAACAAAUGUGCUUGGACUCUACUAUGGAAAGAACUGAACGCUAUUAAUGCUCUCCAGAGUGCUCUCCAGUCCGUGGUGUUGUCUUCUUCUUUGGAGAAUAACGGUAGCUUACAUGCUUAAUGUUGCACUAUCGCCACCAAUCGUAUCCUAACCCCGUGAGGGCUAAAAAAAGGCAUUUGCACAGAGGUGUGGUGAGCAGCAUCACUUGUGACACGCCCCUAAAAACAACUCGUUCGAGGGUGAAUGAAAACCACACAUUAACAGAGGCUGUGUGGAUGAUCUACAGGGUUUUAUAGAAUGAAAACUUACUCUUUAUGGAGAUAUUGAAGUCCAAUAUUCUUUAGUGUCAAGCCAUUGGAAAUGACUCGGUGAGAUUCCAGAGAAAAUUAGGUCUCAUUUUCCAUUAGUCCUAUGAUACUUACAGUAGGGUAACAACACAAGCUCUGAACUCGGGCAUGCACAUGUACACAAUCCUCAAAGCUUUAGUGUCAUAGUAACAUCACCACACACUACUGUACGUGUUGGGGUCUUGUACAUCUUUUGUUGGUAUCGAGAUGUGGUUGAGCAGGUUGCUUAAAAUGUUCUGCUCUUCUGAUAAUGCAUUGCAUGCAUUGUAACACUGUGUGUCUGUCAUUAUGUGUUAGAGCUGUGAUGUCAUGGCAGCUGCCAGUUUAAGCAGACCUGGCGGUGCCCACAACACUGACAAGUCUCAGUUGAUCUUAAAAGUGGUUUCGGCCAAGCCCCAGUCGCCCAAGCUGCAAAACCGUCACUUUCGGCUCAGCUCCUUCGUUGAGGUGACUGCAGACGGCCUCACCAGUGAAACCAAAAAGACAGGCAAACGCAGUGGACAUCUCGAGCUGCAGUGGAAUGAAGACCUAACCCUUAAUGUGACGCCUCAGAGUCGACUGGAUCUGAAGCUGUGGAGCUGCCACACUCUGAGGAAGGAGCUCCUGGGCAGCGCCACCAUAGACCUGUUGGACACACUGCGCACAUGUGAUGGGAAAAUGGAGAAUGUACAGCUGAGUUUGGCGUUGCAGACGGAGAACAAAGGCACUGUUGUAGCAGGAGGCGAGCUCAACGUCUGUCUGGACGGCAUGGUUGUUGAUCUGGGCUCGCUGCCCAACAGCAACACGGCAGUAGAGAAAAUCCUUCAGUCUGACAGACCCAACCUAAGGCGAACGCAGAGUGAGGAAGCUCCUAGUACAGCAGGAUCUCACAGCAGGAAUAAUCGGCACUCGACAGGAGGUUCACAGGGCAGCUCGCCAGCAUGCUCUAGAGGUUUCCUGACUAACAGGGAUCUGACUGAAGAGAUGGGCUCAUCUGAACACUCUCUGUCCUUCAAGAGUCAUGGAAGCCCAGUAAGCCAUGCAGAGUUCCCAUCUAACGAGCUGGAGAGCAGUCACGGGAGUGUGACUCGUCACAUGCCGCCUCCAUCCUCACAGUCUGGCCGUUCCCCAGCCUCCAGCAUCAGCGGCAGCAGCACCUCUCCUGGUCAGGAUGCUCUGGAUCCGGCCACACCAGUGGAGCCCAACCCCAGCGCCACCUCUGGGACAGAACAGACCACUAGUGACACUACAGCAGAGACCAGCACAGAGUCGCUCCCAGCAGGCUGGGAACAACGGGUGUUACCUCAAGGGCGUGUGUAUUACGUUGACCACAAUACCAAAACCACAACCUGGGAGAGACCACUGCCACCAGGCUGGGAAAAACGAGUGGACCAGCGGGGCCGAUUCUACUACGUGGACCAUAACACCAGGACCACAACAUGGCAAAGACCUACUGCAGAGUCAGUGCGGAACUACCAGCAGUGGCAGACCCAGCGUAGCCAGCUACAGGGGGCCAUGCACCAGUUCAGCCAGCGUUUCCUUUACAAGCCAUCGGGUUCUCUGGUUGAAAAUGACCCGCUGGGCCCUCUGCCUUCUGGAUGGGAGAAGCGUCAGGACAAUGGCAGAGUGUACUACGUCAACCACAACACACGGACUACGCAGUGGGAUGAUCCACGGACCCAAGGGAUGAUCAAGGAACAUCCUUUGCCCCCAGGCUGGGAGAUGAAAUACACUGCUGAGGGAGUCCGCUACUUCGUAGACCACAACUCGCGCACCACCACUUUUAAAGACCCGCGACCUGGGUUUGAGUCAGGAUCACGGCAGGGUGGCUCACCUGGCGCCUACGACCGCAGCUUCAGGUGGAAAUACCACCAGUUCCGUUUCCUGUGCCAUUCCAAUGCUCUGCCCAGCCACGUCAAGAUCUCCGUGUCCAGACAAACGCUGUUUGAGGACUCAUUUCAGCAGAUCAUGAAUGUGAAGCCGUACGACCUUCGGCGCAGACUCUACAUCAUUAUGAGAGGAGAGGAGGGGCUGGACUACGGCGGCAUCGCCAGGGAGUGGUUCUUCCUGCUGUCCCACGAGGUUCUUAACCCCAUGUACUGCCUCUUUGAAUACGCGGGGAAGAACAACUACUGUCUGCAAAUCAACCCAGCUUCUUCUAUCAACCCUGACCACCUCUUAUACUUUCGCUUCAUUGGCCGCUUCAUUGCUAUGGCUUUAUACCACGGAAAGUUCAUUGACACUGGCUUUACACUGCCGUUCUACAAGCAAAUGCUGGACAAGAAACCGACUCUCAAAGACCUAGAAUCAAUAGAUCCUGAGUUCUAUAACUCCAUCAUGUGGGUCAAAGAAAACAACCUGGAGGAGUGUGGUGUGGAGCUGUACUUUGCACAGGACAUGGAAAUCCUCGGGAGGGUUUCCACUCACCAGCUGAAGGAUGACGGAGAGAACGAGCUGGUUACCGAGGACAACAAGGAGGAGUAUAUCAGCCUGCUGACAGACUGGAGGAUUACCCGAGGUGUGGGGGAGCAGACCAAAGCCUUCCUGGAUGGCUUCAAUGAGGUGGUUCCUCUGGAGUGGCUUCGCUACUUUGAUGAAAAGGAGCUGGAGCUGAUGCUGUGUGGGAUGCAGGAGAUCGACUUGGCCGACUGGCAGAAAAACACCAUCUACAGACAUUACACCAAAAACAGCAAGCAAAUUCACUGGUUUUGGCAGGUGGUGAAAGAGAUGGACAAUGAGAAGAGAAUCCGCCUUCUUCAAUUUGUGACAGGAACCUGUCGCCUUCCGGUUGGAGGGUUCUCUGAACUCAUAGGAAGCAAUGGUCCGCAGAAGUUCUGCAUAGACAAGGUGGGGAAGGAGACUUGGCUUCCAAGAAGCCACACAUGCUUCAAUCGUCUUGAUUUGCCGCCCUACAGAAGCCUGGAGCAGCUCAGAGAGAAGCUCUUGUUUGCCAUUGAGGAGACAGAAGGGUUUGGACAGGAGUGAUGCUGGAAACUUAAGAUGACUAAAGAUUUGUUUUCUUUUUUAUCAUUAUUCUUUAGCAUUUGUUUAAUUACAGGCCUCCGAAAUCACCUAUCCACUAAAGUCCCUCGCCUUCAGGAGGGUUGUGUUGUUUAUUCUGUCAUGAGAUUAAGUCUGGAGGAUAAGGAGGAGUGUGCAUGUGUGGCUGCUCCCUUAAUGAAACAAUGCAUAUAUAAAUGGUGUGUAUGUAUAUGUGGGCUUGACAGGAAGGCAAAUACACCUCAUCUACCCACUUGCUUAGAAAUACGCCAAAACCAGACAGCAGGAUAGUUCUAAUAGCAGCAGUGACUCACCACAACAGCACAGCUACGCAUGAAUGAAGCAGAACAUAUCGAGCAAAAUGAAAGACGUUUCUAAAGGUUUUGAAGUGACGGGAGAUAGAGUAUGUGAGAGAUAGACGUCUAGCAUGCGUGUCUGAACUGAGACAAAGCUGUUAUCCUAAACUAGAGCAGAGAGAGAUGAGAUGUGAUUUACUUUUUUAUUUUUCUGUCAAUUGUGAGUAUUCCCUCUGUACAUAACUAAAAUAAACGAGAUUUUCAAACUUGA